CAAUUAGUUUGGGUCAAAGGGUGGAAGCGCUGGUAGCCUAGCGAUAACAAUGACUCGAGUUGUAAUCCUUGGGGUGCUGAUGGCUGCUGUCACAAUAGUUCAAUGCGUUCUUGUCCCUUCUGUUGACAGACCAGAUGAUCACCAUCACCAUGUGCUGCGCCUGCUCGAUGAUGAUGAUUACCCCCGUUCAUACCGCUCUCGACUGAAACUACAAAAUUCUCGGCCCUUUCUCGGAGGGUUAGGCGGGGCUGGAUUAAGAAUCUUGUUCCGACGUGUUGACGACGAGUAUUCAGCGGAACCUGAUUCCAUCUCUAGUUUCUACAGGAUUGGUCACAAAAGGUACAGCGUGGCAGAUGCCCACAUUAAUCAUCUUCCAGGAGAUAUUUAAAUAAGUAGGAUGCCUGAACGUGAUAAGACGGAUUGAAGAUCAUUUCCUACCUAUGCACAUAUGUUUAAAAUUCUAAAUAUUUUAAAUAUAGUCACUACUUU